AUGAGCGCUGAAGAAGGUGACCCACCCCCUCCGGAAGAAGAAGCCCCGCCCUCUUCGGGAGAGGCAGCACCUCCUAGCUCAGAAGAUGUUGCCCCUCCGGAUCCAGGAGAUGAGGCUCCCCCGCCUCCGGAAGAAGAGGGUCUUCCUCCUUCCAGUGAAGAGGCCCCGCCCCUCCCAGAAGAGGCAUCUGAAGAAGAUACUGUCUCUCUUUCCGAAAAAGGUCCUACUUCCUCUUUAAGUGAUUAUAUGAAUCUCAUUCCUUCUGAUGAAAGGAUAGUUAUGCCAGACGAAGAUGACCCGGAUCCGAGAAAGGUUCGACCUAGGCCUGCGCCCCGAAUGGUUCAAUCAAUGCCUUCUGAUGUGCUCUCUCAGUCUUCCCGCAGAUCAUCCAAAUAUCUCCGAAGUAUGAGUGGCUUUUCAAAUCUACAGGAAACAUUAAAAGAGAGACAGGCAAGAUUUAGAGAUGCAAGAGAAAACCGAAAAAUGAAAAUUGACCCUUCAUACAAAUAUAUAUUUGAAAUUCUAUCAGAAAAGCUUGGCCUGGACAUAACAACUGUUGAAGAAUUAAUUUGGAUGCCCAUCUAUCCAUUCCCAACUGUGCUCCACCCUGCUCUGUGGCCUGGAAGGCUGACCUCUCCUGAAUCUACCACAUGGGCUCUCUCAUCCUCUGGUUUUCACGUGGCUCGGCUUCUGGGAGCCACCAGCAGGAGAUUGGCGGGCGGAAGAGAAAGAAGCCUGAUCCCUCCCCACUUGGCCACGUUUCUGCCAGUGUCCUCCCGAGCAGUCCCUUUCCCCCAGCUCCAGCUCUCAGCCUGCUUCCCGCUACCCCAUUCCCCCCAGCGCCCUCCCUUCCAGGCCUUGAGGUGGUACUGGUUUUCCUCUGUUGCUAGUCCUGUAUUGCUGCUAGUGCCACAGCUUCCCUCACCCUGCUCUGGCCUCUGGAAGUAG